AGAAGAAUCAAGAAUGACCCCAAUGUUUUUGGCCUGAGCAACUGAAGAAUAAAUAGAAUUGCCAUUUAUUGGGACGAGAAGCUGCCAGAGGAGUUGAGUUGUUUUGUUUCCUUAUGGAGAAAGACAGUUUCCAGCAGUUAGAACUAGAGAAGAGUGAACCUUCCAAAAAGACCACUCCCAAAAGGAUUAUCCACUUUGUCGACGGAGACUUCAUGGAAGAAUAUAGCACAGAGGAGGAGGAGGAGGAGGAAGAAAAAGAGGAUCAAAGCCUGAAUUCAACACUUGACCCCUCUAAACUUUCAUGGGGCCCCUACCUACGGUUUUGGGCAGGACAAAUAGUAAGCACCUCAUUUUCUACAUGUGAAUCCCUUGGCAGAAGAUUUUCUGUCUUCUUCGGUCUUACUCAACCCAAAUACCAGUAUUUGUUAAACGAGUACUACAGAAUACAGAAUAAGGAAAGUGACAAGGAAAGUGAAGGGAAUGGAUCGAAGGCCCAGGCAGCUGAGAAUCCUAAUGAAAAAUGUCAUUUGGAAGCUGGGAAUCGAGAGUAUGGGACCAUGGGACAGGACCCAGCAGAGGCCAUUCGUCAGUGGAGCACCUCAUCCAGGGAAGGCCUGGUGGCAGAUUCCAGCCCAUGA